AUGACUCAAAGAAAAUAUGCUUUAGAACUACUUGAAGAAACAGAUUUCUUGCUUUGCAAACCAGCAAAAACCCCCAUGGUCACCUCUGUUAGGCUCAGCAAAAACAUUGGGGAAAAGCUAGAGGAUGUCACACAGUACAGAAGAUUGAUAGGAAAGUUGCUCUACCUCACCAUCACAAGACCUGACAUCAUUUCAUGGAAGUCCAAGAAACAAAUCACCAUCUCCAGGAGCUCAUCUGAAGCUGAGUACAGAGCCCUAGCCAUAGCAGCUUGUGAGAUCCAGUGGCUAAUAUACCUUCUGCAAGAUCUGGGGAUAGUUGAUUGUACUCCAGCCACAUUGUAUUGUGAUAGCAAGUCAGCCAUUGCUAUAGCUGAAAACCCUGUAUUUCAUGAGAGAAUAAAGCAUAUAGAAAUCCAUUGCCACUUGGUAAGGGAGAAAUUACAGAAAGGAGUCCUCAAACUUCUACAUGUCUCUACAACCAACCAGCUGGCAGAUGUUUUUACAAAACCACAAGCUCAGACAAGCUUCAACAAUCUCAUUUCCAAGCUAAACCUACACAAUGUAUAG